GUCUUUUAAGCUCAUGUGUGACACCUAGCCUGUUAGUCUGCCAGUCAGCUGUGUCUUGGGUAGCCGGCCUGCAGCCCAGCUUGCAGGAUGAAAGCCCAUUGGUGGAGCUGUGUGUUAGGACUGCUCUGCAUACCUGCUGAAGUUGCACUCAGCUUUAGCCUGGUUUCUCAAGAGCCCCCGUCCAUCUCUCUAAUGAGAGUUAACUCAUCUGCUGAGAUCACAUGCUCCACAUCACUGACUGGUGCACAGGGGUUCACCUUGUACAGGUACUUCAAUGGCAACAGGCAGAUUGUGUACCUGUACUUGGUGAAUGGAACAGUCGCCAAGACGACUAUAGCUGCUGAAUUUAAGCGGCGACUUCAUGUAUCUCCAGUCCAGAUCAGUGAUGGCCAGGGGUUCACCUUGCAGUUCUCUCUGCUGGGAGAGAAGGACCUGGAUGUCUACUUCUGCAGCUGGAGCUACAUAACACCAAUUACAUACUCUGGAAAAGGCACCAUUAUCAUUCUAAGAGAAAAAGAUCCCAAGGAACAAUGCAAGAAUCACAUUUUGAAACACAUCUUGAUCGUCUCGAGCAUUACAGCAUUCACUGUCAUAUUAGUAUCCAUCAUUGGAGCACUCAUAGUGAGAUGCAAUCGAUUCAAAGCAUAUUUUAGACCCGCCAGAGUCGAAAUACCAGCCAGACCUACCAGGCCUCAGCCUGUUUCUCCUCAGCAGACAUUUCAACAUUAUCCAUACCUAACCACACAGUUAUGCUCUAUGGAACACAGGGGCCUCCUGUAAUCCUAAGAAUGGAUGCCAUGGUAAAGCCAUGAGAUGAAUAAUCUUGAGAAAAGUUCAUGGCUCAGAGGAUUUGUAAUAGUGUAUGUUUUGAGUCAGAAGCUCACCAUAUGUUCUCAGCACAGAAAAGAUGUCUCGCAUUUUGCCUUGCUUUUCAUUUCCUGUCAUGUAAAAAUGUAUGUUUGUUUGCACAAAAAUGAUCGAGCUACCACAUCCUGGCUGAUACAGAUGUGUGAUGCAUGUAAACAGUGUAAGUGAGAAGAAAAAAAAAAGCAGAGCAAGCUGCUAUUCUACUUCAAAUGUUACAUUACAUAAGAUAUACUGUGGUGUUUGCUGGUAUAUGUAUUUUCUUUGUAGGUCAUAUAAAGAGUUUCAUAUUUUUUAACAAGUGUGCCUGAUUUGAUGUGAACAUUAAAUGUACGCUUUUUACCAUUUCA